AUGGUGUUUUUCCUCCCUAACUAUCCCUCGGAAGUCAAAUGGUUAUCUCAAGAUGAAACGACAUUCUCUAUUGAUCGAAUUGCUGAGCAAAGAAGCGGCUUCAUGAGGGAGCCUGCUAGUCGGAGAGAGAUCCUGGAUACUUGUGUUGGCUUUCGCAUGCUGACUCACUACCUGGCCUAUGGAUAUAGGUUUGGAGAGCUUACCGAUUCCUCAAUUUACUUUACUAAAGUCGUGAUCGUUAGCUCGAUCGUUUACUUCUGUACUACUAUCGUUGUAGGGCUCGGCUAUAGCUCUAUUCAAGCUCGACUUAUGACAGUUGUUCCUUUGACCCUUGGAUACGUCGUCUUCCUAAUCUUUGCCUGGGGUGUCGACCAUUUUAACGACCGCGGCUGGUUCAUUACCGUUGCUUCGACCAUUUCCGGCAUCUCUUUUGUCGUCAUCAAUGUCUUGCCUGUCCAUCAGUAUUCCGGCCGCUUCGCUCGCCUAAUUAUCGCUUGCUGCGGUUGUUUCCCGAAUACUGCCGCGUUGACCGCCUGGGUUAUAUGCAAUGUCCCCAGCCCAAGAGCUAUGGGACUGGCUGCAGCCAUGAAUAACAUGACUGUAGGGGCUUCUUCUACUGUUGCGGUAUGGAUCUGGAAGGCUUCCGAGGCCGAGCGGGGAUACCCUACUGGUAACAUUAUCUGUGCUGUUUUCAUUUUGUUACCGCGGCAUUGA